AGCGAUAAAAGUGGUUAAAAAGCUAAACGCUCUAGAAGCAAAUAUUUUAACUUCGUGUAGCCUCUACCAUUGCUUCUUCAUUAAAAAAUUAAAAAUGCUCCGUUUUACAGUUAUUUUAGUUAUCUUAAUGGGAUGCGUGCAUGAAUUAUGUUCCCAAACUACGGAAGCAGUGCCUGCAGAUGAAAUGACAACACAAGGAGGGGUAGAUUUAACUGAAGCUGAGACCUCAAACCCGAUUGAAAUGACAACACAAGGAGAGGCAGAUUCAACUGAAGCUGAGACCUCAAACCCAAAUGAAAUGGCAACGCGAGGAGAGGAAGAUUCAACUGAAGCUGAGACCUCAAACCCGAUUGAAAUGACAAAAGGUGAGGCAGAUUCAACUGAAGCUGAGACCUCAAACCCAAUUGAAAUGACAACGCAAGGAGAGGCAGAUUCAACUGAAGCUGUGACCUCAAAUCCAAUUGAAAUGACAACGCAAGGAGAGGCAGAUUCAACUGAAGCUGAGACCUCAAACCCGAUUGAAAUGACAACGCAAGGAGAGGCAGAUUCAACUGAAGCUGAGACCUCGGACCCAAUUGAAAUGUCAACGCAAGGAGAGGCAGAUUCAACUGAAGCUGUGACCUCAAACCCAAUUGAAAUGACAACGCAAGGAGAGGCAGAUCCAACUGAAGCUGAGACCUCAAAUCCGAUUGAAAUGACAACGCAAGGAGGGGAAGAUUCAACUGAAGCUGUGACCUCAAAUCCGAUUGAAAUGACAACGCAAGGAGAGGAAGAUUCAACUGAAGCUGAGACCUCAAACCCAAUUGAAAUGACAACGCAAGGAGAGACAGAUUCAACUGAAGUUAUGACCUCAAGAUUAAUAGAAAUGAUAACACAAGCGGUGUCAGAGUCAACUGAAGCUGCGACCUCGAACCCAACGGAAAUUACAACAGAAGGAGGGGGUGUUUCAACUGAAGUUGUGACCCCAAACCCAAUGGAAACAACAACAUCAGGGCAAGAAGAAGUGUCAACCUCUGAAACAGAAACCACAACGCAAACAAACGAAAAUAAUGGGGGCUUGUUUCAGGAAAUAUCUACAGUUAUACAAGAUGUCAUCAACGUUGUGAUUUCUGCAGUCGAACUUCCUUUCACUGUUCCUUAUAAUUUUGCUAGAGGGUUAUUUGGCUAAUGUGUACUACAACUUUCACUAAUUACAGCUCUUUCAUUAUAACUUUUUCAUUUUUUUGAAAUAUCCAUAAGUUUCAAAAUUA